AUGGUAGAUCGUUUGUGGACACCAAAUGUAUGUUUCGUGAAUUCCAAGAAAACGGAAAUACACUCUUCGCCAACACCCAACAUAUUUUUAAUGCUUUACCCAAAUGGGACCGUAUGGAUAAACUACCGACUACAAGUACAAAGCCCAUGUAUUGUGGAUCUUAUGCUUUUUCCUAUGGAUAUUGUGCACAUUCAAUAUUCUAACUCGUACAUCAUUCGAACACCUCAGCAAACGGCUGCUCUAAAAAGUGCACACGGCUCGACCUUAGUAAGAAAUAGUGUAUACCUUACCAAAAAGCUUGCGCAAUCAUUAAAAAAUCAUUUUGGAGAACAAACAUGCGAACUGGUGAUAGAAAGUUAUUCUUACAAUGCAGCGAAGGUCGGCUUACACUGGAGGGAGUGGAAUCCAGUAGGUUUUCCUCGCGUACUUGUAUUCUCAAUCGCCAAAUCAAAACUAGCUGAUUUUACCUUAUAUGGCUUGCAAUGGACAAAAAACAGUUUUGAGUACGCAGCUGGGCAAUGGGAUCAGCUAACUGUAUCGCUCACAUUUUCUCGUGCCUAC